AUGACUCCUUUAAUACUGGAAUGGGUGGACACUAUGAACGACAACAUCGACAAAAUCAUUGCCAAAAGUAAUGGCAAACUCUCCGCACUGGUAGACGUGAAACAAAUUACCGGAGCCUAUGUUAUGGAGUCUAUAAUACAGGUGGCAUUCGGCCGGAAAGUGUCGGCUCUGAUUGAACCAAACAACCCUAUUAUAGAAAACGCCCGUAAAUUGUUUAAUACGAGUUUAUUGACCAUGGUAAAAUUUUUGAUCAUACUAAUGACACCAAAUGUGGCCAAAGUGUUGAGGGUAUCGACGUUUAAUAGAGAAGUUAUGGAUUUCUUUCGCGACUUUACACUCAUUUUAAUCGGCGAUAGGAAACAUGUUUUGGAAACCGGAAGUCCUGUAAAAAGGGUAGACUUUUUGCAAUUUCUGUUGGAUUCCAUUAAAAAUAAUAAUAAUAAGGCUAUCGAUGGGUCAGAAAAAUAUACGGAUACUCAGAGUGCAGAGAAAUAUCAGGAAAUACAGGCCACGGAUGAUAUGACGGAUAAAAGCCAUACAAACGACGAGCUUAUGUCCCAAUGUGUGCUGUUUUUAAUGGCCGGGUAUGAGAGCACCGCCAACACCCUAUCCAUGUGUCUCUACAAUAUCGCUAAACACCCGGACAAAUCAGGUGACGAUUCGUACGAAGCGUUUUACGCAUUGAAAUACAUGGACGCAGUCAUCGACGAAACCCUACGGCUAUUCCCGGCGGCCAUAUUCAUAGAGAGGAUUCCCUCCGAGAACUAUGAGCUAAAGGGCACCGGAAUUACCAUCAAAAAGGAUCACUCGGUGCACAUCCCAAUCUAUGCCAUGCAUAGAGACCCGGCUAACUUUGUCGAUCCAGAUCCA